CUCCUAUAAAUAAACAGCUGCUUUGCAAAUAGCAAACUUUGUUGUAUAGCUAAAAAUACGCGAAUUUCAUUGUCAAAUUUGAAUAAAUGAUAAAAUAAUUAAAACAAAUAAUGGAAUCAGCUCAGGCAACACAGCCGGCUGAGGUGGAGAGUCCGGAUAUAAUGGAAAAUGGGGAUUCUGGCCGUGAUUUAAACCACAUCGAAGUGAAAUCAAAUGAAGACGUGGAACUGAAAGCGGAUUUUAUUGACCAGCAGCUGGAAGAAAGCGAUGCGAAAAGUGACCAGGAUGGGACCAAAAUGGAGGAGGAACUUAAGGCAGCCGUCCUGGAACAAGUGCCAUUGGAAGAAGGAGAGCUGACCCUGCGAUUCAAGGAUCUUCAGGCACAGGAAAAGGAGGAGGACGAACUGCAGACAAAUCCUUCGAAGCCCCCGCAGAACGAUAUUUUGUCCCAUGUCCACUGUUUGGCCCAGUUGGAGGAGCAGCGUCGCAACUACGAGCAGCAGCUGGACCAGCUGCGCACCUCCAACAACCAGAAGGACAACAUGAUAACCCUCAUCCAGCGAGAGAACGCCAUCCUCGGCAAGGAAAAGCAGGCCUGCCGCAAGGAAAUGGACAUGGCCAACAAGGAAAAGGAGGCCACCGUCAUAAAGUUUGCCAUGAAGGAGAAGCUGCUCAUCGAUGCCAAGAAGGAAAAGGAGGCGGUGGAGAAGCAACUGGCCGAGGCCAAAAAGGAGGUCAAGAAUGUGUCCACCAGAUUCCAGGCUGUAAACGAGGAAAAGUCCCGCAUGACGUACAUCAUCGAUGAAAAGAGCAAUGAAAUCAGGAAGUAUCAGCGGGAAUUCGAAAAGUACAAAAUCGAAAUGGGUCACUUAGAGUCCAAGCUAAAGUAUCACAUAAACAAACUGAACAUCGAAACAGAGGCCAAGGCGGUUGUUGAACGCAAACUGGAAGAGGAAAAGAAUGCACCCAAUAAGCUGGAGGAAAAGGCCAAUGAGAAGCUUAAAAUGGAAUUCGAAGCCAACACAAUACUCUUGAAACACGAGAUCACCAGCAAGACUGAGGCUCUGGAUAAAGUCACCAAAGAGCAGCAAAGACUAAGCGAUGCCAACAAGGAACUGCAGCAACAGCUUCAAGACAUUCACUCAGCGCAUAACCAACUCACCCAGGAAUUCGAUCGCUUAAGGGAACUGCACAACUCCGUAGAGGCUUCUUAUAGCGAUGAGCUGCUUAACUCCGCUAAACUCAGGGGACAACUAGACGAACUUCAGCUUUUACGUACUCAAAACACCUUAAACGAAGAAAAGUUGGCGGACCAACAAAAACGAAUCCAACAACUGGAGGCUUUGGUCCAAGAAAACGAUUUGGAUAUGGAGCAACUUAAAGUGAAGAAACAGGAGUUACUUACCAUUAACAAGGAAAUGAGUGAGCUAAUUGUGCGACUGCAGAAUGACAUUUGUUUGGCUGAAGCCAAGGCCCAAGGUUUAGAGGCCGAGAACAAGUUACUUAAACAAGAGAAACUGGGCUACGACUCCAAGUACAAUCAAAUGGAGCAUCAACUCAGCUUGGAGGCGACGGAGAAGAGCGAGGAGCGCCUGCUGCUGGCCAAGCAUUUAUCCGAAAAGACCAAGCUGUACGAGCUGACCAAGCAAAAGCUGGAAGAUGUCCAGGGGGACUAUGAAGCCAUCCAGCACAAGCAUGCCACCGUGGUUAAGGAACUUCACCGGGAGCUGAGCAAGUUUAAGAGGGGGAUUACGGAUUCCAAGGUGCCCAUCAGCUACUGUAGCAAUUGCCAGCAGGCGAUCAAUGGCUACCCAACAGAGAAUCCCCAGCAACGCAGUCACAGUCGCUCCAGUAGCCACGGUAGCCUGCACAGCGGCAGCCGGCGGGCCAGCGAGUCCUCCGAAUCGGAAACGGUGGCUAGUAGUGCCACCACAGUUCAACAGCCGCCGCCGCAGCAGGAUCUCCAAGCGGUACCGUCUAAAAAAGUCCUCGUUGAGCGAAUACUGCGGCUGCAGCAGGCCACUGCCCGCCAAACGGAACGCAUCGAGUUCCUGGAGAACCACACGGCCGCUCUGGUGGCCGAGGUGCAGAAGAAGUCCAAAGUGGUGCAGCACUACAUGCUCAGGGAUCAGACUGCCGGCGCAUUGACCACGUCGCGCAGCGAUCAGAACAAAAGCGAGCUGGUCAAGUACGGGAAUGGGAUUAUGGCGGCCAUCUAUGGAGGAUCCUCGAAAGCAAGCGGCGAGAGCAAGGCCAUGUCUUUGGAGCUCUCCCUGGAGAUCAACAAGAAGCUGCAAGCUGUGCUGGAGGACACGCUGCUGAAGAAUAUAACGCUGAAAGAGAACCUCGAUGUGCUGGGCCUCGAAGUAGACAAUCUCACCCGGAAAUUGCGCUCCCUGGAGGUCAACGGGAAGUAAUGCCAGUCUUCUUAAACACUGUAUUCCAUUCCAGAGUCUAACCCGUGUAAAGAUAGUGUACAAAUUGUAUGAGCUUUAGUUUAAGUGUAUAAUAUAUGUGUAUUUAAU